CAUUGCCCAUUUUUCAAUCCAUCGACUCUUUCAUGCGAUGGCUGCAGAACUAUUAUUCAUCUUUGUUCCAUAACACCAUCUUCAAGAAUAUGACUUUGAAUAUCGACAAGCCUGUUACGCGUGUAGCUGUCAUCGGGGCAGGAGCAGCUGGGCUGGCGCAGUUGCAGCAGUUGCAAGAGGCGUGGCAGAGGGGUAACGUGCAGAGUAAGCUUGAGGUGGUCGCUUUCGAGACGAAAGAAGACGUCGGCGGGGUCUGGCUGUGGGACGGCGCAUCUAAAAACUCUCUGACUGCACGAGUCCCGGGCAAAGACGGAGACCAAGUGUACUCUUACCCCCCUGGCACCGAAAACCCUUCGCCGAUGUAUACCGGUCUCCGAACCAAUAUCCCUGCUCCUCUUAUGGCUUAUAGAGGAUUCGAGUUUCCCGAAGGGACGCACCUCUUUCCCGAAAGCAGCGUGGUGCUCAAGUACUUGCAAGAUUUCGCAACAGCAUACGACCUCCGCCAAUACGUGCGCUUCAACACCCAAGUCGAGCGUGUCCAUCUCUCUCCUCCAGGCUCUUCCCGCCGAUGGACUAUCGAGUCUGCUCCUUCCAAGAGUGGAGAGGGGGAGAAGAAGAGGGAAGAGUUUGAUUUCGUGAGCGUUUCGAACGGACAUUAUGCCGAUGGGUGGAUCCCUGCCAUUAAGGGUCUUUCUACUUUCCCAGGCGAGAUCGUCCACUCGAGAUACUACCACUCCCCACCCCUCCUCGCCCCCAAAACCAUCCUCAUCGUCGGCUCCUUCGCUUCCGGCGGCGACAUCUCCCGCCUCGUCGCAGGGUACGACCUCGACAAAUACUCUCCUUCCGGCGAGCCCCUCCCAGGCCAAUCGGGAGAGGGUAAAGGGUUUGUAAAGAUAUACGUAUCAAGCAGUGGGGCUACGAUGUUUAGCCCUGCUUCCGAGAGUGCUUGGGGCAAGUAUUUGAAGCAGAAACCGUUGGUGUCGCAUAUCGACCCUCCAUCCCCCACCCACCCCAAAGGCGUCAUCCACUUCCAACCUCCACCCUCUUCAGAGGAAGGUACCCCCGCCCCAGUGUCUGACGAACCAAUCGACGACGUCGACCUGAUCUUGUUCGCUACGGGAUACAAUUUCGCUUAUCCCUUCUUCAAGUCUACCGACCAGCCUUGGGAUGGCAAGAGCGUAGUGGACGGGGUGAUUAGGGAAGAAGAAAGGCAAGGUGGGGAUGAGAGAGAAGUUGGGGGGCUGAAAGGAUUGACGCCGAGAAAUCUUGAUGAGCUGCUCAUGUUUCAUAAAGGCGAUCGAUCGCUCGCAUUCCUUGUCCUCCCAUACCAAAUGAUCCCAUUCCCAUUCGCCCAAGUCCAAGCCCGCCUCUCGUCCCUCCUCUGGGCAGGCCUCCUCCCCUCCUUCCCCGCCCAUCCCACCCUCCCGCCAAACGCUUCAAACCCAUACCAACAAGAAGAAGAAUCCCCCGCCCCCGUCCCUGCCUCCAACCCCGACCCCUACCCCAACCCCACGGCGUCCGGGACAUCCACCCCAGGAGCGUCAAACACGUAUACCACAUCCUCCGCCGAAACGCCCUCCAAGCCGUCAACGCGCAAGAUGAUGCAAGUCCGGCGUCAGCUGCUAUUUGGGGCGCCUUAUGAGUGGGAUUAUUCAGAGUUUCUGAUGGGGAUCAUGGCGGAGGCUGAUGCUGGGGAAGGAGGGGAAGGGAAGAAGGUGGAGGAGCAUUGGAAGAAGAUUGAGCCGUUUAGGAGGGAGUUGAGGGAACAGACUGAUUUGAAGAAGAGGACUUUGGGGUAUUAGAUGGUAGAUAUCUAGAAGUGGAGGGGUCUUGAUACAGCUACAGAGUAGAGAUAGUUUGCACGUAAGACGGAAUCUCUUGUCAUUUUCUCUUCCUCUUGUUGAAUGUCAUUUUGUAAAAGUGCAC